CAUGAAUCAAUGCUUUUCCAAACGAAUGAAUUGAAAUCCACAAAUAUAAAAUUAGUUCCAUUAAAAAUGAUCAAUUCAGUGCAUUUAAGAACAUUAAAAAAAUUUGAAACAUCUAGAAUCCUUUGUUUUAUCAUAUAUGUAUGUAUAACAUAUGUAUGUAUAACAUAAUAAUAUCACACUUAAAUUCCCAUAAUUCUUAAUUUCCAUAACUUUCCAAUUUUUCGACUCUUAACAAAUUGAAAUCAAACAAAAAAACCACGAACAAAAUCAAACAAAAAGCACUUGACAUUUCUAAGAUAUUAGGUUAGGUUUAUCGACUUCGAUGAUUCCCACGCAGCAUGAUGUAGAAGUUCGGUGGACGAUAUACUAACCUUGAAGCAGUAAACUCAAGCAGUCAUUGGAUACAGUUUGUGUUUGUCAUUCUUACACUUGCGCUUGUGACAUACGUGAUACGCGGCUAUAUAAGUGAUAAAUUCAAAAGCAGACUGCAGAUGUAACGUGUUAUUCGAGGAGGCUUGAGCCCUUGUUCCGUUUUAGUAAACGUUUACCGUCGGAGUGAACAGUUGUAGACACGAACCAUGAUCUUGCGAUUCGCAAUUUUCGUCGCUUUCUUGAUCCUAACGAUCGAGGCGAAAAAGCAUCAGCAAUUCUCCGACGAUGAACAAUGGCAAGAGUUCGAAGAGUAUUUAAAGUGGAAAAAAGCGAAGGAAAUGCGCGAAAAUGGCCCACGAGAAAUUAAAUACGAAAAACCUCGGCAUCACGAAUAUCAUCACGAUAUGUACAAAUCGUCUGAAAGGGAUCAACAACUUCCCGUCGAAAAUCCGCCACCUAUCGAUCAGGCAGCUUUAAUGGCAAGAUACAUUGUUAAUCAAGCUGAUUGGGUAUCCGUGGCGACAUUAAGCAUAAGAAAGGAUGUCGAAUCAUUCCCAGCUGUAAAUUUAAUUUCCUAUACCGAUGGACUUUUAGGAAAUGGAUCAGGAGUACCAUAUCUUUACCUCACACCCUUAGAUUUUACAGCUCAAGAUCUUGCAAAAGAUAAUCGUGCCUCGUUAUUAAUGACAUUAGCCCAAGGAGACUACUGUAAAAACAAACAAUGGGAUCCUAUGGACCCGCGAUGUGCUAGAAUUCUUUUAACCGGCAAGAUCAAACCAAUCAUCAUUUCUAUUUCGCAAAAUUGAAGAUAAUUUCAAUUGUGGUAUUAGAUACAUUCGGCGGUCCAAAAUAUGUCUCCGUAAAAGAUUAUUUACAUCCACCAACAACGAAUAUUACUGAAGAAUUUAAAAAACACUUUCCUUUAGAAUUGUCUGAAAAUAGAUCUCAACAGGAAUAUAGUCCAAUUUCUAACAUGUUACAUCCUGUGAUACAACAUAAUAAAUUCUGUUUCCUUAUUGGAGAGAUACAGUUGCAUAAGUUGUUGAAUUUCAGGGCAUUUAAAUUUAAUUAUCCGCAAUACCUCACUAAUUGCUGCUGCAACAUCUUGAGGAUUCCCAAGAGCAUGUUCUGGAGAUGCAUCUGGGAUAUUAAUUCUUCUCUUAUUGACUCUGCUAUAUCUUCCAUCAUUUUUAAUUUUUCUGGAUACGCCAAGUCACCUGGUGAUGGAUUAUAAUUCAAAACAUCAGACUGAAGUGACACCGCAGCAAUUACAAAUUAUAGUCGUGAAGUUGAUAAUAAUUUAUCUAUCGACUGCGGUACAGGAUGUCCACCGUAUGAAAUAAUCUACACCUUAGAGUAAUGGCUCCGAGAUACGAAUUAGCUGUUGGUCUUAACAGAGGCCACAAAACUACUAAAAUUCGCGUGGCAAAAAAUAAGAAUGAAAAGAAAAAAACAGUGUGCGUUCUGCCAGCAAGAUUAAAAGGGAGACAAACUAAACACAGUAAAUUUGUGAGAGACUUAAUAAGAGAAGUAACUGGACACGCACCGUAUGAGAAACGUGCAAUGGAAUUAUUAAAAGUGUCCAAGGAUAAGAGAGCUUUAAAAUUUUUGAAAAGAAGAUUGGGCACCCAUAUCAGAGCCAAGAGGAAACGAGAAGAACUAGGAAAUAUUCUCGUACAGAUGAGGAAAGCAGCUGCACAUCACUAAGUUACUUUUACUUAGUAAUUAUUAAUUAAUUUUACUCAUUAUCAUUACACAUAAUUUUUACAAUAAAUCUGUAAUAAAAAAUAUGUGUGAAAAUCUAUUACUUUUUAUUUCAUGUAAAAAGUAGUCCCUAUGUAUUCUCAUUUGUAAAAUAAUUUGAAAUAACAGAUUGGAGAAAAUUAACGAGUGAAAGUGUAGGUUAGAGCUGCGAACCUACUGACUUUGUGUCUUAUGGUUUAAAUAUAAUUAUGACAAUAAUUCAAAGAAAGUGAAUAAAAUUUAAUGAUUGUUGCGUUUAUAACUAAUGUUUAAAAAAGCCUACAAUGAACUACGAUACAAUUAAUUUUCUAUGACAGUUUUAGAGAAAAAUUUCGUACCACAUAACCUAUUUCUAAAUAGGUUGUACGUAUUAUUUACAUCAUUUAUUCAGUGUUAUGUUAAAUAUCAGUUAUGAAUAGUAUAACUAUGUUAAGUUCGCUAAAACAAAUUAAACUUCGUAAAACGAAUUAUAUAUUAACAAGGAAGUGGUUUAUUAAGAAAUUUGCACGAUACAACAAUUUAGAUAUUUUCAAUUUAGAUAAUUUUCAACGGCAUCAAACAGUGCAUACAACUGUUACUCAAUUAGAAAUUUCUAAAGAAAUUGAAAAGAAAACUACUGAUUUGAAACACUUUCGAGAUUUGUCAAAAUCUGGACCAUCACUCAAAGAUUUUUUAAUACCAGAAACUGAAAUUCCUAAUGAACCAAUUAGUGUACCAAAUAUUCCUUACAUACAAAGUAUUGAUGGCUCUGGUCAAAAGGUCUACUUUGAGGUUUACGGUUGCCAGAUGAAUGUAAAUGAUACGGAAGUAAUCUGGUCUAUUCUAAAAUCUCAUGAUUACAAAAAAGUAGAUAAUAUAAAAGAAGCUAAUAUAAUUCUGAUUAUCACGUGUUCUAUUAGAGAUAAUGCAGAGCAGAAAGUAUGGAACAAGUUAACUGAUUUAAACUGUAUUAAGAAAAAAAAUAAAAAAUUUCCAGUAAAAAUUGGUCUAUUGGGUAGAAUUAUUAAUGAUAAUUAAUUUAUGAUAUUUUAUAAUAAGGUAAACUUGUUGAUGUCAUAGCUGGACCAGACAGUUAUAAGGAUUUGCCAAGGCUAUUGUCUGUACCAGAUGAUGAAACAGCUAUUAAUGUUGUUUUAUCAUUUGAUGAAACAUAUGCAGAUAUUACACCAGUGAGAUUAAAUCCAAAUUCUACUAAUGCAUAUGUCACCAUAAUGCGUGGUUGCGAUAACAUGUGUACAUAUUGUAUUGUUCCAUUUACAAGAGGAAGGGAAAGAUCAAGACCCAUUGAGAGUAUAAUCAAAGAAGUUCAAUCUUUGUCUGAUGAUGGUGUAAAGGAAGUGAUGCUUCUCGGGCAGAAUGUAAAUAGUUAUAGAGAUACAUCUCAAUCAGAAUUUUAUGUUAAGAAUAAUAUGGAAACGCAUUUAGCAAAAGGUUUUAAAACAGUAUAUAAAAAUAAAAAAGGGGGACGUCGAUUUGUUGAUUUAUUAGAUGAAGUUUCUCGUAUCAAUCCAGAGAUGAGGAUCAGAUUCACGUCUCCUCAUCCGAAGGAUUUCCCAGAUGAAGUUUUACAGUUGAUAGCGGAAAGGCCAAAUAUAUGUAAAGAAAUACAUUUACCUGCGCAAAGCGGGAAUUCCGCGGUUUUGGAAAGAAUGAGAAGAGGAUAUACGCGAGAAGCAUAUAUAGAUUUGGUGUAUCACAUACGUGAAAUUAUUCCGAAUAUUUAUUUCUCUAGUGAUUUUAUUACUGGAUUUUGUGGAGAAACAGAGGAGGAAUUUCAAGAUACGUUAUCAUUGAUAGAAUUAGUGAAAUAUAAUAAAGCUUUUCUUUUUUCUUACAGCAUGCGGGAGAAAACGACUGCACACCGUCGCUACAAAGAUGAUGUACCACCGAAUGUGAAGAAAGAUCGACUUCAAAGAAUAAUGUCAACAUAUAAAACGGAAGUGGAAAAAGUAAAUAAAUCACAGAUUGGACAAUUACAGCUUGUACUUGUAGAGAAACCAAGUAAGCGAUCAAACGAGAAAUUUCAAACAAGGAAUGAUGGUAACACACGAGUGUUAAUUCCCUCCAUGACUAUACCUACUGGAAAAUAUUCCGAUGACUCGAGAGCGAUAAAAAUUGGCGAUUACGUUGUUGUAAAAAUCGAAGACGCUAAUUCGAAUUCGUUAAUGGCCACGCCUCUCUAUCAUUCGUCGAUAACAGAAUACGCAUCUUCAUCUGUGUCGUAAAAAUGUAGAAUAUGAGAUUUCAUUUGUUAUUUAAUUACGCUUAUCAUUGUACUUAUAAUAGUACACUCAAUUUCGGAAUGAAUCACGUAAUUUUAGUCGUACAAAAUUAAAUCGACGUAUUCACUGAUGUGAUAAUAUUGUGACAUAAUACUGAUAUAAUAGUAUUGUGAAUAAAGAAAAAAGAAUUUAUAUAAUAAAUAAUUCAAUCUAUUGUAAGUACGUAAUCUUUCCUUGUUUAUAUGAAUAAUAUUCAUAAUUUUCUAACAAGAUGUUACAUACCGAUUAAGAAAGGGUUAUUCAUACUUAAUAUACUCCAUUUCUAAAAAAACAUUAUCAGCUCACAACAAAACUUUUUUUCACAAUAAAUACGAUCGAUUUGUGACGAUAAAUUUAAACACAGAUUCGCUAACACUUUACAAUUUAACGUAUGUUUAUAAAUUAUUUACAUACACUAUGUUUUAUUCUUUGAAUCAUUUUGUACAAAAUUAUCUAUUAACAAAAUAAUCAAUUUAAAUUUACAGAUACAUUAAAAAAAAAAAAAAACAA